AUGGAACCAGGUGACCGAGAUGAACCAGGUGACCGAGAUGAACCAGGUGACCCAGAUGACCGAUAUGAACCAGAUGACCCAGAUGAACCAGAUGACCCAGAGCAACAGAAAUUAUUUCAGUGUGUGUCAGGAACUAUGGAUAGCAAAAGGGUUCGACUGUACCUUGGCCUGGACAAUCUGGUAUGUUGCUCCAGCAGCUCUCAUCAAACAUAUGGCGCCCCCCUGUAUUGCCUGGAACAAAUGCUGGGUCCCAGAAUUAGGAUGAAACCUUUUAGGGCCCUGACCUAGAUAAAGCCUCAUCCUAGAUUAAAAACAUGUUCAAUGGAAAACGUAUGUUUAAUCCCUUUGGUUUGUUGUUUACCUUUACCAUAUCAACAGAGCAACUUUUCAGGGGAAAAAAAUUAACUAAGAUCAUGGAUUCCCAUUGUAAUGUGUCCGUCUUUGUGAUUGCCAUUCUAUCUAAUUUAUUCCAGGUGGUGGAUUGCAUGCUACGGAAAACACCAGGCGGCUCAGCUAAACAGUACCAGAACCAACUAAAGCUCUACACAUCAUCUGGCCUCCUGCCCACCAUGGCCAUCUAUAACAGCACUAACUCAGCCACCUUCCCCUUUAAGUUAAUUAUGGUGAGAUGGGCUAAGAUCAGGAUUUAA